AAGUUGCGCACUAGUUGUGCGCAUAACAUGGAGGUCUUGUUUUGCCGUGUUUUCGCGGCUCGCCUCCUUGGUAAAAACAUACACGGAACGAUGGAUUAAUCAAACGGUUGAAUGGAAAGUAUAUUUUUUGGAAAUCAAUGAACGCUACUGAAGAACUGUGCUUUCUAGAUCUUCUUGAUUUGCUUCAGCAUUUCUCGAAAACUGCCUACAAAGCCCGUAGCACGGAUAAAAAGGUGGAUACAAUACAAAAGAAAUGUCUUAAUUACUUUGCAAAGGAUUAUAGAUUUUCCGUAAUAUCUAAUGCAAACGGAGAACUGUGUGGACACUAUCCUGUGAAGAUCGUCAUAUUAGAGACAAGGCUGGAUGCCGGUAGCGGUGGUGGAAGUUUUGUGAAUGACAGCACAAGAUUAAGGGAAUUAUUCACCAAGGCUAGGUUUGCAAGGUGCAGGUCAAGAUUUGUGGUUCCUGUCAUUCUAUAUGACGACAAGAAUAUCUGUAGGUCAGCCACUUUGUCAAGCGCUGCAGAAAUAUAUGGCCGUUUUGGCUACGAUUUUUUAUUCUCAGGGGGAGAGGGUGGGCAAGCAGAAGAGGAGGAUCUAGAUUUUGAUCCUAAUUCCCCUAAUAUCAGCAAUGACUGGGCCAUAUUUGACCGAAUCAGAGGCCAUGAUAUUCAGUUACUCAAAGAGCUGAAAGUGGAUUGUAUCUGUGACUUGAUGGUGGAAAAAAAGAAAGUUAAAUUUGGAAUGAAUGUGACAUCAUCUGAGAAAGUGGACAAGUCUCAGCGAUACUCAGACUUCUGCCUUUGCUGUGUCCCAUACCCUGGUUGUGAAUUCUUUCGUGACUUCAAAACCAAGGGAUACAGUGCUGAUGGCUUAUAUUUUAACUGGAAACAGGAUUAUGUAGAUGCCCAGUUUACAGUACCAGAAACUUUAGCUUAUCGCCUUGGGAUUGAAUGGCAUCUCUAUAAGAGCUGGGAUCUUAUCCUAUUGACACAGAACUACUUGUUGCUUUUACUGAACUCUAUAAUGGAUGGGGAAGGUGGUACCCUGAUUCACUGCAUCUCUGGCUGGGACAGAACUCCGUUGUUUGUCUCACUUCUUCGCCUCUCCCUUUGGGCUGAUCGCAAGGUGCAUGCUUCACUCAGUGCCUCUGAAAUUCUCUACCUGACAAUUGCGUAUGACUGGUUUCUGUUUGGGCAUGAUCUUCCCGACAGAAUUCAGAAAGGUGAAGAGGUCUUCCAUUUCUGCUUUAACUUUCUCAAGUAUAUUGGAUCUGAUACUUUUUCUAUUAAAACUUUGAGAAGAAACUCUGUAGCUAGUAAACCAAACAGACAGCGCUGCGACUCUGAGUUUGAUGGCGCUGUACUGCUGGAUGAAUGGAACUAUGGCAGUAACGCAAGUCUCAGUAGCUGCGGGAGCACAUGUUCUGAGUCUAGGCUGAGUUACUUCAUAGGUCAAGACACUGUAGAGGAGUCGUCGUUAUCUCAUGAAUCAAAUGGCUCCUUGACACGUGGUGUGGAGACCCCUGUGCACCGCACGCCUCCUCGGCACACCAAUAGUCCAGAGAGCAGCCCAUGUGCGCAUGCAAGUCCCCUGCAGAUACCACUCAGGUCUAGGGCCCACUCUAACUCAGAUCACCGUUCGUCAAAUUCGUCAAUUUGUGGGAGUUGGCAGCUGGUAUCGGGCACAGGUAGCCCCAAAGGUACGGCAACAAUCAGGGAUUCCACCAAUAACAUCAGCACCACGAGCCUGGAUAGCAUUGGUGAAAGCCCAAGGCAACAGCGUCUCGAUGCAGUGCGCAUGCUCUUUCACAAGGUCUACGCAAAGGCUGUCGGGUAUCCGUUCCCAGAAGGCAGUGGCUUCUCGAGUAUCUUAGAUCACGUGACUGGGCGGAUCCGGGAAAGCUGGAGUACCGUGGUGUAGUGGGGAUAGUUAAUUAUUAUAAUUAUUAUUGCACUCAAAAUUGCAUAUUUUGAAAAGAAAUUCAAAGAAAAUAAUUGGGUGCGUGUUUUUUAAAGGAGUUUCAUACCUAUUUCUAAGAACUUCAUUAUCAUACGUAAACUGAAGUACAAGAUUAUAUUCAUAAAAGAUAUCUCCUUAUAAGAAUUCGAACCUGGUUUUUAUAAAAGAUAUGUCUGCCUUCUUUAACCUUCUGUUUACUUCGCAACGGGCCGUUUUCCAUAUAUAAUUUGAACGUGAAGUAUUUUUUGUAGGUCCGAGUUUGCCUUUUUGUUGGUUUUAUAUCGGUGUAGGGCUUGAAAUGCGGUAUUUGUUUGAAGUUAUAAAAAGCUGAAAACAAAGGCAGACCCGCCUAAGCCUCGCUUUUGAGUUCAAAUUACAUUAUUAGAAAUCGGCCCAUAGGAAGGCAUGGUACGCGGGCUCAUAAUAUCCGUUGAAAAUCAAAUAAUAAUGGUAACUUUUACUUCAUAGAUGGAGAUUAUCGAUUGGUAAUAUCGGGGGAGGGGGAGAGCGCGGAGGUAAGGGGUGGGGAGGAGAAGAGUGGGUAAGUAAGAGUGGAGGGGGGGGGGGAGGGGUGAGGGAAGGGGAUUGUUUGGAUGAUUCAGAUGUUAUCACGUGCAGGUCUACCGUAUCUUUAAUUCUCAAUAUCCAUUUCUUUGCCAUUUACCCUGAUGUAAGACUACAAAUGUGAAACCGUAUAUUUGUACAUUUGAAUUCAAUGAUAAUAAAACUGGUACUAAUAGCG